CGCCGCACCGCACGGGGGCAGAAUAAUAACAGAUGGCAGAAGCAAACACGAAAAGCUUCAGAGUAACCUAGCAAACAGCUGAGAAGUGAAGCAGAGGAACGAGGCAGACGUAACGUCGGACUCUCUCGUUGUUUUGCUCCUGUAGUUGAUAAUUGUAUGUUUUUCUUGGAUUUCGUGUGGAAGCCGUCUCGGACGUUUAGGCAGCGGGCAUGUCAGCAGUGUUAAACUGGUAGCUAAGCUAACAGCUGGGCAGCUCAGUUCUCGUAACUCGUUAGCGUCGAUGAGGGAAGCUGACACCGCCUUCAGAGCGGUAAACAAGGCUCCCCACCUCGUCCUGAGUUAGCUGGCCUCCUAACACAGACAGAACCCAGCAGAAUGACAGAGGAUGCCAUCCUGCUGAAUGUACCCGUCAUUCGGCAGCUGUACCACUGGGACUGUGGCUUAGCAUGCUCCAGGAUGGUCCUGAAGUACCUACACCCAGUGAGUGAUGAGGAGUUUCAAAGAGCAUGCUGGGAGUUGCAGUUGACAGAGAGCGUGUGGACCAUUGACCUGGCCUACCUCAUGUCUCAUCUAGGAGUCAAACACUGCUUUUGUACACAGACUCUCGGUGUAGAUAAAGGCUUUAAAAAUCAGUCCUUCUACAAGAAGCAUUUUGAUACAGAGGAAGACCGAGUGAACCGACUCUUCCUCAAGGCUGAAAGUAAAGGUGUGGUGGUGAAGAAAUGUUCAGUGACGGUUCAGGAAAUCCAGUCUCAUCUGGAGCAAGGUCACGUGGCCAUAGUGCUGGUCAACGCCGUUGUCCUGAUGUGUGAGUCAUGCUCUUCGCCUGUCAAAUACUGCUGCUUCCUGCCUGUGGGACAGAAGUGUUUCUGCAGGAGGCCAGAGUACCAGGGUCACUUUGUGGUUGUGUGUGGCUUCAACAGGACCUCUGGCUGCAUCUUCUACAACAAUCCUGCAUAUAAUGACAGGGUGUGCUGCACCAGCGUUAGUAAUUUCGAAGAGGCCAGGCGCAGCUACGGAACAGACGAGGAUAUACUCUUUGUCUUCAAACAGAGCUGAUGAACAACAAUGAGGAUCUUAGAUUUGAUCACCAUCCUGUCAGACUGCUGCAACUCCUGGUCUAGUGGCACCACCUCCAGUGUGCUGUCAGAGUUUCAACAAACUUUUCCCCACAAAGCUCAAAUGUUCUCCCACCGAUGGAUGUACAUGUCCAGGUCAUACGAAAGGCAAAACUACUCAAAGUUCCUCAUUUAAGAUGGAUUAUUUUUCUACUUCUACUAGUUCGUAUGAAUUUUACUGUCUCUAUUUCAUUUUAAUGCCUGUAGCUGUACUCACAGUGGAUCAGUUGAGCCGUUGAGCUCUGGGGAGUUCGGACUUGUGCAGCUUUGGAUGAAUUUUGGGAAAUGUGGCCUUGAAUGUGAAUUACCAGGGACCAACAUGCACAUUAUUCAGGGCUUAUCUUGAUAACUUACAGUAUUGUGCAUUUCAUCUAUUUGUUGUGUUCAGUGUUGAUGUGAAGCUGCUCAUCUUUACCCCACCAGCCUUGCCUCUACCUGCCUUUUAGGAAGAUCCUAACUCCCUUUUCAUUCAGAAAGGUCUAAGAAGGUCUAAGCAGUGUUGUUGUGAUCGUCUCAGGUAAUUGGUCCUCUGAAGCAUGCUAGCGCUCCAUCAAUGCAACACUCUGACUGCUGGACUCUGUAAACACGAACCCCAAGAGACACAAGUUUGUCGGUUUUACUCGUUUAAUGGAGGAGCAACUCAAGUCGAACGGUUUUGUCUCAUGCUGCAGAAUAAAUGGGUUCACUGUUGGUCGGAUGGAUUUUACGUGAUUUUCCUCAUUGCCUCUCGUUUUAUUUUUAAAGUUGUGGUAAUGUAAAUACAUAUUUGCACUACAUUUUUCAUACCAGACUCGAUUGUGUUAUUUAAAAGAGAAUCCUUUUCUAGUGCUACAAAAUGUCUCCACCGCCUGGUUGUGCUCUCUGGUUAAAAAAGAAAAAACAGCACAUUUUAAACCACAAUCUUUAUUUUUUUUUAAACAUAGAACUGCAUUUAUAAGCUGUAAUUAAAAGAUUUGAACAUA